AUGUCGAGGUUCUCUGGAGGGCUAAAUUUUACAAAGGCAACUGGUAGUGACUCUGGAGACAGUAAGAAUGCAAGUCAGAAGGCGCCUUCCAUGGGCAUGAUGAGCGCAGUCCACAAUGAGUAUUCUGAUGUGGAGUCGGAGGAUGACGCUCUCAAACAAGUUGGAUUUGGACCCAAUCAAGGACUACCAAGUAUAGCCACACCAAGCAUAAACCACUACGAAAGCAGUGAUCAUAAUGUCCAGCGUUACGGUAUAGGCGCUAAGCUUAUGAUGCAGAUGGGAUAUCAGCUGGGAACAGGAUUAGGUGCCAACCAAGAAGGAAUAGUCAAUCCGAUUGAAACCAAGCUACGGCCUCAAGGACUUGGUGUUGGGGGCAUUCGAGAGAAAGCAGUUAUUUCGAGUGACUCUGAAGAUGAUUUUGAUGUGGAGACCAAAAGUACCGUUGAGUUUUCUAAACCAACCUACGACUUAUUCUCAGUCAUUGAUGAAUUAGAACGUAAAGGCAUAGAUGUGCCAACACGAUACAAGGAGAUUGCAGACAGUCAGCACAGCAGCAAGUUGGAUCUUGAACGGACGUUUCUCAGGUUGACGGAAGCAAACUCUGAAGUUGAGAAGUUAGACUCACAAAUCAGAACACUAAAUUACGGUAUUGAAAGUGGUACUGCAAGACUCGAGCGAGAAUCAGAGCAGCUUAGUCAGUCAGAAGCAAUCAUUGCACUUCUAGAUGAGUUCAGGGGAAAAGAGAGCUUGGAGAAUACCACCUUGAUAUUAGAAAAGCUCACUAUUCAGUUUUCCAACUAUGUGGGCAUAGAAGACAUAUUUAUCACAUUAGUAUCGAAGUACUUAAGCAAGCUCUUCUUUAAAGCCGAAGAGUCUGAGCCUGGGUUUCUGACAUUGAGUGCAUGGGCUCUUUAUUAUAGGAGAAUCGUCGAUUUUGCUGAGGAUCUGCUGCUUAAUAAGUGGGACCUCACAAUUCUCAACCUUUUGCGUGAGCGUGUUUUGGAAGAAUCCCACUCUCAUGAUAAAAAUAGAGAAAUUCUCUCCUUCUGGCUUGAUUCUCCUAUCAUAAUCAAUUCUGAUCUUGCGGCUCAGGCUUGUGAUGAGUCCAUUAUCUCUCCGUUGCUUCAAAAAUUGGUGAAUAACCAUGAUUUGAAACGUGGCUUGAACUCAGAAAUAUUCGGCUACUUGGAAUCUUUUCAGGGUGAUCGUUAUGUUGUUGACUUGUGCUCACGCUUCAGAGGUUACUUACUGAAAUCAUGGCAAGAUUUUCAAACACAACACGAUAUCUGGCAAUAUUACGUGACUAAUAUAAGAUUAGUGUUGAAACUGCUCUGUGAGUCAAAAGAUAUGCUUGCUAAUAUUGAUAUCACCUUUGAUCCAACAUGCAAUGAGGAAAUACUACAUUCUAUUGUCAAAGUGCUCGCUAAGGCUUCGGAACCACUCGCGAAGGAUAGGGGUAUAGUCAAUGUUAUCAUUGACCUUGCCUUUGAGCUUAAUGUUUUGAAUGAAGACCAGCUUGAAAUACUUCUUCAGUUCUCGGUAUUCAAUCCGUGGAUUCGGCGUCUAUCACGGGAUCUUGAAAUCCUCGAUGAUACUGGCUCUUCCAAAAAUUCUCGUGAACGGGUCUCAAAAUCAUUUCAGCAUGUUAUAGCUUACCUUUAUUCGAAGAGGGAAGAUUACCCUCAGCUCGAACCCAUCUUUGUCUGGUACAUCAACUCAGCAUUGCAGGAGUUUAAGAAUAUUCAUAAUAAUGAGCCUGGGUUGAGAUCGGUAACGUUACCUUCUUUCAAGGGAAACGAACUACUCCUGGAAGAAACCAUCAUUUCACUAUUGUCUCCCAACUCUCCCAAGGAAGCAAACGAAAAUGGAAUUCCAAUUCACAAGCUUGUUGCCACUUUCAAAGAUGUGGUUGAGAAUUAUUGUCUGGAGCAUCAGUUGUUACUUGUUCCGGAUAAAAAGGGGCCUGUAUCAAGAACUUAUGUGAUCAAGAAUACUAUUACAGCCAAGGAAACCAAAUGUCAGAUUCGUUCCAAUGUCCUUUGGGUUGGGUCGGCCAUAGACAAUCUUAAACCAAUCAGCCUUGACCAGUUGGGACCCUAUUUAGCAUAA